AUGGGCAACGAGGUGAGCCGCCCCGCGGAGGACGUGAGCCCGCAGAGCUCGGGCGCCGUGCCGCCGCGCUCGCCGUACACGCCGACGGGAGGCGCGUCGCGUCGCGCGCAGAGCUUCAACUCGCGCCCGCCGUCCCCGUCGCCGGGCGCGCAGCAGCCGCCGCAGCCGAUGCAGCGCCGCUCCAGUAGCAGCGCGAGCCUCACAGGCGUGUCAAGCCCCGCGUUAAACCCCAAGAAGGAGCGCACGAUCCAGCGCAUGGACAAGGCCAUCCGACGGCGCGUGCGCGGCGGCAUCACGUACAACAUGAAGCUGCUGAUCCGCGGCGCCAAAGGCACGGGCAAGACGUCGCUCUUCCAGCGGCUCAAGGGCGAGCCCAUCCCCGAGACGCACCAGUCCACGCCGCAGCUGCAGUCGGCCACGAUCAACUGGAGCUUCCGCCAGAACCUGGAGGAGAACGUCAAGUGCGAGGUCUGGGACGUUGUGGACCGCGGCUUCGUGUCUGUGGACCCCGAGGGCGACGCUGAAGACGGCUCCUCGGCCCAACAGAACGCUGCGCGCGGGGCCAGCGCUGAACACGGAGGGCUGCAGAGUGGGGGCAGCUUGUCGGCUGAAGCUGCCGCUGCAGCCGCCGCUGCGGCCGCUGCAAUGCAGAAUGGGACGCACUCGGUGGCUAUCGUGGACGCCUCGACGGUGGACGUGUAUCAUGAGGCUCACGGCGUGAUCUUCCUGCUGGAUGUGACCAAGUGGGACACGCUGGAGUAUGUGAAGCAGCAGCUGGACAGCGUCCCCGUGCACAUUCCGACGUUGGUACUUGGCAACUUUAGAGAUCAAGGCGCGCAGAGGAAGAUUUUCAAGGAAGAUAUCGAGGAGUUGCUGUAUGGAUCGAGUGACAGACCGCAACAUCAGCAGUGGAGGAGACCUACCGAGCUGCUGUACUUUGAGUGCUCGCUGCUGAACUGCUACGGAUUGAAGUCGCUGCACCAGUACUUCGGUAUCCCAUUCUUGCAGUUGAAGUUGGCGACGAUCAGACAGCAGAUGCGCAUCGUGGAGGGUGAGUUCGUGCAUCUGAAGCACGAUGUACAGGCGACAAUCAGUGAGCAGCGCUAUGCCGAGUAUGUCGAGCAUAUCAAGGCUACUGGCUCAGAUAUACGCACGGGAAGGCGUGGUUCUGGUAACGGGAACACACCAACCGCUGCAUCACGAACUGACUCGGUCAGAAUAUCCCCCCGGGCAAGCAAUCAAUCGACUCCCACGACGCAGCAUGAAGGUGCAGAUGACGAUGUCAGCGUCGUAAGCAAGAGGGACACGGCUGGAACACCACCGAAA